UAGAAAAACAAAAAUAACUUAAAAGCAAUGUCGGUAAUCUUAUGUACCUACUUUUAUAUAUUAAGAAUAGAUAGAUAGAUAGAUAGACUAGUGCAUGUACCACUUCCUAGUUCCUACACCAGCAGUCGGAAUUAUCAUUGUUCUUCUUAUCAGCGCGGUGGGAUAUUCCUCCUCCGAAUCAUUUUGCCAGACUGAGAAAUUGUAGCCUAUGACUAUGAUAAUCUAUUGUGUUAUUGCCAAUAUUCAAACCUUAAGCGAAAAUAGAGGGUAAAUUACACUAACCACUCCCAUGAGGUUAAAGCAUGCCACAUAUGAUACUCCUCAAUUUUUAAAUUGUGACACUCACCUAUCGUGAAGUUUGCGUGAUUUGUUGUAUUUCUAUUUUGAAUGGAGAUGGUAGUCAUUUAGUUUAGCUAGGGCCGGUGGAUUUCAUCAGUGUUGUGAAAGUUUUUGUCAAUAGAAAAUUGCGCACGCGAAAUAUCUCAAAUUGCUUUGAAGUUUCUCUAAUUGUUUGCAUUUCCGGAUAACAUCUAUUGGCUCAAACAAGUGGGACUAAAAUAUGGUUAAUCCCUUUGGUGUUUUUGCCCACUGUUUUCCAGUGAAACACAAGGGAUCUGUGUAACUGGGUGCAUGUUAAUGUUUUGAUUCAUUGUUUCGCAAAUAGUUUAUAAUUUCUCAGUGGAAUUUGAAUAUUUCAAAGCCCCAUUUUAUGUAAAUAAAUAGUGUGAAGCACAGUUUUAGUUUGAAUCACAAACACUGAACCUUGAACCAAUCUAAAACCCUGUUAGAUGGAUUUGUGCUGUGCUGAAAUCCAAUUCAAGUUGGUUUCAAAAACUGAGGAAAUGGAUUUGAGCUCUAAAUCCUACAAAUGGAAGUAUGAUGUAUUCUUGAGCUUUAGAGGGGAUGAUACACGUAGGAGUUUCACAAGCCAUCUUUAUCAUGCUCUUUGCCAAAAGGGUGUCAAUACUUUCAUAGACUACAAGGAUCUCAUAAAGGGAGAGCAGAUAACACCUUCACUUCUUAGGGCUAUUGAAGCCUCAAGGAUCUCAGUCGUUGUAUUAUCUGAAAACUAUGCAUCUUCCACUUCUUGCUUGGAUGAACUCCUUAAGAUCAUUGAGUGCAAGGACACUAAGGGUCAGCUGGUUUUGCCGGUCUUUUAUGGUGUGAAUCCAUCUCAAGUAAGAGAACAGAAGGGAAGUUUUGCAGAAGAUUUGGCCAAACAUGAAGACAAGUUCAGGGAUGAUGUCAACAAAGUAAAAAGGUGGAGGGCAGCACUAUGUGAGGCUUCUACUUUGUCUGGGUGGCACAUGGGUGACGGGCAAGAAUCAAAAUUUGUCCAGAGAAUUGUUGAGGAGAUAUUGAGCAAGUUGAACCGCACACCUUUCAAUGUUGCUAAGCAUCCUGUUGGAUUGGAUUCACCUAUUGAAGAUAUUAAAACACUUUUAGAUACUGGAUCAGAUGAUGUACAGGCUAUAGGAAUUUAUGGAAUUGGAGGUAUAGGGAAAACAACACUUGCUAAGGCUGUUUAUAACCAUAUUGCUAACCAGUUUGAGGGUAGCGCCUUCAUUGCAAAUGUUAGAGAAAUUUCAAGUCAAAGAUCUGGGUUAGUUCAACUACAAGAAGCUCUUCUUUCUGAGAUUUUGAACCAUAGAUAUUGUAAAGUAGGAAACAAAGACAGAGGCAUUAAUAUGAUAAAGAAUAGGCUUUGCAGCAAAAAAGUUCUCAUAGUUGUUGAUGAUGCUGAUUCGUUGGAUCAACUGGAAUCAUUGAUUGGAGAAUAUAGUUGGUUUGGUUCUGGAAGUAGAAUCAUCAUAACAACUAGAGAUGAGCAUUUGCUAGUUGCUCACAAUGUGGAAACAAUCUACAAGGUCAACGAAUUAAAUAAUGGUCAUGCUCUUGAACUUUUUAGUUGGUUUGCGUUCAAAAAUCCAUGUCCUCCAACAAAUUAUGAGAAGCUUUCAUCCCACAUAUUAAACUAUGCCAAGGGCCUCCCAUUGGCUCUAACAGUUUUGGGAUCUCACCUGUGUGGUAGGGGAAAAGCUGAGUGGAUAAGUGCAUUAGCUAAACUGAAAAAAGUUCCAAACAAACAGAUUUUUGAAAUACUUAAAAUCAGCUUUCAUGGAUUGGAAGAGAAUGAAAAGGCUAUUUUUCUUGAUAUUGCAUGUUUCUUUAAGGGAGAGGACAGACAAUAUGUGAAAAUGAUAUUAGAUGGUUGUGACCUACAUUCGGAUAAUGGUUUCGGAGUUCUAUUGGAGAAGUCUCUAAUUACAAUAGAAGUUAAUAAGAUUUGGAUGCAUGAUUUGCUACAGGAAAUGGCUAAAGAAAUUGUGCGACGUGAAUCCCCUAGUGAUCCUGGUAAACGUAGCAGAUUAUGGUUUAAUGAGGAUGUUCUUCAUGUAUUAAAACACAAUAAGGGAAGUAACAACAUUGAAGGCAUAAGGCUAGAUAUACCAGAAUCAGAGACAGAGUACAUAGAGGCCAAGGCCUUGUCAAGGAUGAAUAGACUCAGAAUUCUUAUUAUCAACAAUAUGCAUGUUACAGAUGAUAUCCAGUAUCUACCUGAUAAUCUAAGAUUGAUUAAUUGGCCAAGAUACCCCUCUUCAACUCUACCACCAAAUUUCUAUCCAAGGAGGCUUGUCUGUCUAAAUAUGAGUCAUAGCCGCCUCAAGCACUUGUGGAAGGGAGUUAAGAUAUUCAGAGACUUGAAACUUGUGUCCUUUAGCAGCUGUGAACACCUUAAAGAAAUUCCAGACUUCUCAAUGGUUCCAAACCUAGAAAGCCUAAGCCUAGACAACUGUAGAAGUUUAAUUAAGGUGCAUGAGUCUGUGGGAACUCUUGAUAAGCUUGUUACUUUAAACCUUCUAUUUUGCUCCAAUCUCAAGACGUUUCCAAGUCGUUUCAUGCUAAAAUCACUCCGUACUCUCCUCCUCACUGGCUGCUCAAAACUAAAAAAGUUUCCGGAGAUUGUGGGGAACAUGGAACAUCUUGAAGAAAUCCUUCUCCAAGGAACAGCAAUAAAAGAACUACCUCAGUCGAUUGAAUAUCUAAGUGGGCUGAAGUCCUUAUUCUUAGAGUCUUGCCAAAGUCUUGAGCAUCUCCCCAGUAGCCUUCAGAAGUUGCAAAACCUUACCAUUCUUGAUCUAAGUGGCUGCUCUAAGCUUCAAAAGAUUCCAAAGCUUCCCCUAAAUACAAGAUAUAUAGACUUGAGUAAUUGUAGAUCUUUGACAAGCUUUCCAACAUUAUCCAGCAUAUCAAAUUUUAUUGCAGAGGAUUUUCCAAGGUUUUAUCAAAUUAGAUUUGUUAACUGCCAUAAACUGGUAAAUAAACAAGUCCUGGAGCACAUAACAAAUCUCUUCUGUAGUAAGGAUAUGAUGCUUCCAGAAUAUAUUUCUUGUGAAGUUGUACUUCCAGGGAGCAAGAUCCCAGAUUGGUUCCAAUACCAGAGUACUAAUAAUUCCAUUUAUCUUGAGGUAUCUUCAGGUUUAUAUGGUAAGCCCAUGGAGGUGUUUUUUGGCGCAGUUUUUGAGUUGGAUAAAGGUGUUACUACAACUGGCCUGUUUGCAAGUAAAUUUGAUGUUAUUGUCAAUGAUAUAAAGAUAAAUAUGUCUACAAGCUAUUUUGAGGCACUGGACUCAAGUCAUGUGUGGUUGAGUCGGUUGAAACUUGAUCAUUUUAUGUGGCACCUUAAAAGUAUGCGUCAAUGGAAUCACUUUCAGAUUUCAUUUUCAAUCUUUGAAACAUCAUCAAAGGAGAAGAUAGGGGCAACCUUGAAGAGUUGUGGUUUCCAUGUUUGGUACAAUCAAGAAGGGUAUGGGAUUGAUCAUACAACAGUUAGGAAGUCCACAGGGUAAACCAUAGGCAAAAGAUGCAUGACUAUGAACAGAACAUAAAACAAUAAAAUAUAGAGGUCAACAUGAUCUUCUAGUCUCUAGAAUUCUGAACUUUGCAGAAGAUAAUAUCAUGUUUUAAAAUUUACUCAUACCAUUAGAAUAAGAAAAAUAAAGCAGUUGGCUGUCAGAUACAGAUUCUGUAGUUACUGGUUAUUGUUCAAUGUUCAGUGUUCUAUUAUUUUCUAUAAUGUUCAUGUCCUAUGUAUAGCAAUGUGGAGCAGUGCAUGCAAUAAUUAAUUUUCUUAGCUAGCUUUGAUUUCUGUUGUUUGUUCAGCUG